GGUCAAUCGAGAUUCAGCAGAGAAAUACCUCAAGGGCAGCUAUUCGUAUAGGCUCCUACGGGUUGUGCUGUUUCUACUGGGAGGAUCAGAAGACGUUGUGUGUCCGUUCCAAGAUGGCCAAAGUCAUCUUCACGCCAUGGAAGGAGCAAUCCCAAUUACUGGCGGUGCGGGAUCAAUUCUACCCUCCGCCGCUAUACGAUGGUCCGGACAUGCGGUCCAGGGCCUGCGCCACAGUUGGCGCAUGGAAACUGCGAGGCAACCUCCCUCACCCCGUUGAGGCGACCGCCUUGUUGACGGAUGCAAUCCUUCAUGACGAUGCGCAGAAGAAUUCCAUCUUCUCCAUCCGCGCGACCUAUGCGGCGGCUUUUUGUCGCUUCGUAACGUGUCUCGUCGACUCCAAGCUCGGCGGCCAGCGUCGGACCAUGUUCCAGCGCGCCCUGGACCUGGGCCUCCCCGCCUCGUUCGUGGAGCUGCGCCACGAGGCAACGCACCGCGAGCUACCGUCCCUGACGGUGCUGCGCAACGCCUCGCAGCGGUCUCUUGAGUGGCUGUGGGAUUACUACUGGGCCAAGACGGAGGGCUCUUCUGCGGGUCUGGAAAUGGCGGUACGGGGUGGUGUGGUUGCGAACCGGGAAGGCGACGAGGGGGAAGAGGAGGCAGAGGAAGUUGAUCUCGAGCCGCUCAAGUCGGCUCUGCGGGACACGCUCCAGCAGGUUGUUGCCGAAGGAGUGGAGCAGCCCCCAAGGAAAAAACGCAAGGUCCAGCAGCAUCUGUCCGCCGUCACGAACGAGGUGGUGUCUGCGUGUCGCUCGUCGGGGCGGGGGGUGGCAGCGUUGUCAAGUGUUCUGGUGCAGGAUUCGUUGUUGGUGUCUGAAACUCGGAGAUUAGGUGAUUCCAUGGCCGAUGAUUUCGACAGAUGGGAUCCGUUGCUACAGAGGAUUGCAGACGCGCAAUCGACGUUUCUGUCGGGUCUGACGGAGGAAUUGGUGGAUGCAUUGGCGUUGACAGCACGGCCAGACGAGGCUAAGACGGAACCCCGCUGCGAAGGGAUCUAUUUGUGGCUGGACCACAUUCUGGGGUCGGCGCAAUGGGAGUCGAGGAGACGGCUUAUCUCGUAUGCGUAUAUGCUGGCGGCGUGUGAGCAGGGUGGGAACCAUUGGACGAAUCUCUUGCGGGAGAGGCUGGCUGAGAGACAAGAUGAGGGGAUAUAUGGACUCAUCGCAAGCGUCUUAAUUGCUCCCCCGCAUCGCAGUCAGCUGCUCCAACACACACCUGUCCCUCAUGGCCCUUCCCUUCACAAGAUCAAUUCUUUCAACUGUUCGGUCUCGUCCAUUGAGGUUUCAAUCCACAUCAUCCAGAGCCAUGCAUAUCCAAUCGAUUCCAAUGUCUUGCUGUGGACAACUGCUGAACUCUCUCCAGGGACCGGCAAGGGCAACAAUUAUGCCUAUCUGGUCACUGACGAGCCCACCAAGCAGUCGGUCAUCAUCGACCCGGCCAACCCGCCCGAGGUGACCCCGGAGCUCGAAUCGCAGAUCAACGCCGGCAAGAUUGAGCUCACGGCGAUUGUGAACACCCACCACCACUGGGACCACGCUGGCGGUAACAACGAGCUGCUCAAAACCUUCGGCAAACUGCCCGUCAUCGGCGGCAAGGACUGCCAAUCCGUCACGCAGACGCCCGCCCACGGCGAGACGUUCAAGAUCGGCGAGCGCAUCUCCGUCAAGGCGCUGCACACGCCCUGUCACACGCAGGACAGCAUCUGCUACUUCAUGCAGGACGGGGAUGAAAAGGUGGUGUUCACGGGGGAUACUUUGUUCAUUGGAGGAUGUGGUCGGUUUUUCGAGGGGACUGCGCCCGAGAUGCACAAGGCGUUGAAUGAGACGCUGGCGGCUUUGCCGGAUGAUACGAGGGUUUAUCCGGGUCAUGAAUACACCAAGGGAAACGUCAAGUUCUGUCUCGCGGUGUCGGAAUCCGAACCUAUCAAGAAGCUGGCGGCGUUUGCCGAGGCGAACCAGGAGACGCAGGGCAAGUUUACGAUUGGGGAUGAGAAGCUUCACAAUGUCUUCAUGCGCGUGAAUGACCCUGAGAUUCAGCAGAAGACCGGAAAGACGGAUCCGGUGGAAGUGAUGGCGGCCCUGAGGGAGAUGAAGAAUGCCAUGUAGGGGUGCGCUGGUGUCGUGUUGAGACUACUGGUUCGAGUUUCGGGCGUUGACAGGUGUACUGUGUAGGAGUGACAAAUGUAGCAGACUGAUAAGUAGUGGAGUAUUCACUUUAUACGAGUAACUUCUGAACAUACUGGGACUUAUUUAA